UGUAAGUCUGUAACUACUAACUACCAAAUUCAAGCUCCGUAACUAAAUCGGGCCACAACAACUGAUUCGGCCCGCAAAUAAUAUAACCUGAACAGAACCCGUUUCUUCUCUUCUCUGCAUCAAUGGCGAGUGCACCUUGCUUCUCCACCUUCCACGCUCAUUCCGCUACGAGACGAAACUCUAUCAUUAUAGUCUCUUCAAAAAGGAAAAACUAUCUGCGACCUAAAAUUCUCAAAAUCCUAACCAAACCUUCUCUACCAAUCCCUUCCCCCCUUCCACAACCACCGACACCCCAACCCAUUCUAUCUCCUACUCAAGAACACGAACUCACUGUUGAUGUUCCUGCCGACGAAUUUCACGACAAAGAUGUCACCGCCGCUGUUGAAGAGACUGUUGAAUCGGAAGAAUUACGCGUGUCUGUGGAUUCAGCCAAAGACAAUGGUGUUUUUGCCAAUGUAUCUGGUAAGGAUAUCUUCAAGUACGGUGGUAUGUAUUUGAUUGGGGCUUUUAUGUUUCAAACGGUUAUUUACUUUUGGAAAUUGGAAAAUCAGCGUUCUAAAUUGAAUGAUUUUGAGGUAAGUGAAAAGGAAAAGAGGAAUGGGAAUAUUGUGGAGGAUCAAAAUGUGGAAAAGAAGAUAGAGGAAAUUAGGUUAAUGGCGAGAGAAGCUCGGAGAAUUGAGUUAGAGAAAAAAGGGAAAGGGAAAGAGGAAGAGGAUGAGGAUGGGGAUGGGGAUUCUGAAAUUGAUGAUGAAAGUGGUGCUUCAAGUGGGAAACUUGGUAUUGAGAAAGAGGUUAUUGAACGGUUACUGAAGCUGAAGAGUAAGAUAAAUAGUAACAAGGAUAGUUUAUCGGCACUGGGAUUGAAUGGUAGUGGAAAUUCUGCUAAGGGUGGUGGUAGGAAUGUGAAUAAGGUGAAAGAGGGGGUUGUCUUUAAGAAAAAGUUUAAAUUUAAAAGCCCUUCUACUAAGGAUGUGAAAACUCCCAAGGGCUUUUCAGGGACGCAAGAUCGUAGAGUAUCGAGUGUAAAACCUCGAGAUGAUGGAAAUCGGAGACAGACCGUUGAUCAUGCCGAAAAAUUAAAUGGAGAUAAGCAACUGAAUCAACGAGAUGUGUCACAUGAAAAUGCUUCCGGUGUUCCAUUGGAAGAAAGAGGAAAAUCUGAUGAAGACAAGUCCGGGGAAAUUGUAAAUGAUGGAAAGAAUGUGGAAGAAAAGAUGGAAACACCAAAUAUGAAAACAAAAGAUGGAUUUAAGGCAGAGAGUAUAGACAAUGGUGGUUUCCCAAAGAAUAAUGUUGAGAUGUCUUCCACUGAAGUAAGAGACUUGAGGACACAGAACUCCCAGGGUUCUGAAAAGGAUAAUGGGCACCGUAUAAAUGGCAGUUCAGGACGUGGAUUUGCUAUAAAAAAUUCAGCCCCCAAACAAGCAAACACUAGGACUGAUAUGUGGUGGCUGAACCUUCGUUAUGUUCUAGUAAUUUUCAUGAAAAGAGGCUCCAACGCAGAAGGUCCCAAAGGUCUCUAUAGCUUAAACUAUACCUCUAAGCAAUGGGAGCAGGGUAAUGAUUCCUAUACUGUUGCUUUCGAGGAUCAAACUGAUGCUAACAACUUCUGUUUUAUACUGGAAUCCUAUUUUGAAGAUUUGGACGACAAUUUUAGUGCCAAUGUAGUUCCCAUGUCAAUACAAGAACUGAAUGAAGAAAUAAUAUCACAAGGUGAGAAAGUAGUAGUUGUGAAAAAGAGGCAGCUUCAACUCUAUGCUGGGCAACUACUUACUGAUGUUGAGAUAGCAUUAUGCUCAAUAGUAGAACAAGAUCAAAAUGUACCAUAAUUGGUGACAUCGAGAUGAAUGAAAAUUUAUCAAUUUCCAGAAAGAAUGUCCAUAGUGAAUAAACCGCCAUCCAACCACAGUUAUUGGACAAUGAAAAUACAGUGCAUGACUUCCAUCAAAAUUGAAGGUUGGAGUUGAUGGAACGGAAUUGCUGAGCAGAGGUGAAGAGUGCUUGUCACUACUACUAUUGACUGAACUUUGGUGGUAGGUUUCUCUUUGUAAGUUUUUCCUUGUUUUAAAAGUUACAUGUUCCAUGUAAGUUGCAACAUGUCUUUCCAAGAGACAUGUCCACGCCGGAGUCAUUAGGUAUAGACAUGAUCUUAAUAGAAGUUCUAGAGGAUUAUUUGGAGUAGGUGAUAUGUGGGGGAAAUUCACAAUUUUUUGCACUCUAUGCAAUGGAAAUUUUGAAAGUCAGUUCAAAUUGCAAUAAUGCAAAAAGAUUUCUUUUUCAGAA